AUGUCCUCCAAUACGCACUGCAUCGCUAUCGACAUUGGCGCGUCGACGAUCCGCGUCGGCGUCUGGCGCAACGGCCGCGCGACCGUUCUUGCGCUCGACGGCGCCAACGGGCUCCCCGCGGUCGUUGCCUUCACAGACACGACCACGUUGUUUGGAAACCAAGCCAAAGCCAUCGCGCAGAACGAUCCCACGAACGUCGUUUUCAACGUCUUGCAUCUUCUUGGUCGCCGCAUGAACGACCCGACGGUCCAAGCCAUGGUAACGAGCGCGCCAUUCCGAAUCAUAGCGUCGUCGGACAAGACGCCGCUGAUCCAUGUGCAGCACCGAAGAAGCGCGUGUACGUACUACCCACAAGAGAUCGUCGGCAUGCUCCUCGAGCACGCCAAGAAGCUGGCCGAAGACCACCUCGGCGCGUGUCUCGACCACGCAGUCGUGACUGUGCCCGCAACAUACACGACCAGUCAGCGUCAAGCCGUUUUGGAUGCGGCGACGAUGGCUGGGCUGACUGUCGAUCGGCUCUUGAGCGCCACGACGGCUGUAGGUAUUGCCCAUACGCAAGCCACCGGCGCCAGUAAGCGCAAAUUACUGGUGGUUGACGCGGGGGCGAGCUCGGUCACAGCCUCGGUCGUGACUGCAGAGCACGAUACGUUUACGGCUCACGCAUCGGCAAGUGAUACGCAGCUCGGCGGCUUCGCCAUGGACGCCCGCCUUGCAGCGCACUGUAUGUCUACGUGGACGCCCUCGACGCGAGGACACGAUCUCAUCUUGGCUAAGCAACGCCUCCUUUCCGCAUGCGAAGCCGCGCGCUGUGCCCUCUCGACGAGCGACGAGACGGACGUGUGCAUCCCGCACCGAAGCCAAGACGGGAUGCGUCUCACUCUCUCGCGCGAAAAGCUCAACGCUUUGGUCCACCAUCUCAUGGACAAAGUUGUCGCUCAUGUUCUCAAAGUCCUCCAGCAAGCGCAGUGCUGCAAGGAAGAUGUGGACGACAUUGUCCUCGUCGGCGGCGUCGCGUUAAUGCCGUGCCUGCAAACUACGCUCUCAAACUUGUUUGGUGGCAAACAAGUCGCGUGGUUUCCAACGCCGAGCGAAGCGGUGGUCGCCGGCGCAGCGCUCUACAUCGCCAGUACGACGGCGUCGAGCGACGCUACUGUCCGACCCUUUGCGAUCCAUGACGCGCUCUCAACUCCGAUCUGGGCUGCCGCCGCCGGCCACCACUGGACAACCGUGUUCCGGUCCCCCGCGCUUUCUAGCAUGGCUACCCACACGUUCGUAUCGACUGGUAGCAGCCCCUUUGUCUUGCUUGUGUACGAGGGCGACGUCGGUUUUCCUGCGUCGAGCCAUCUCCAGGGCCAAUGGCACAUUGAGUCCUUGCCUCACACCCGGUUCAUCGACGUGGCAUUUGUCGUCGACGAAUGCACGGGCGUUCUCCGCGUCACCGCCAGCGACAAGAGCUCGCAAAAGGCCCUUCCAGUGACCAACACGGACUGUGCCACGUCACGACGAGAGCUGCAGCACCUGUGCGCACAAGCGACGGCGCGGUACCACACGACGCGACAGACGGUCCUUCUGGCGCGUGCCAAGGCUGCUGCCAAUGACUUUACCUAUUCGCUUCGCAGUACGUGGCACAGCGACGAAGCCUCUCGCCGCCGCGUCGGAGACGCAGCGAGAGACGAGCUGGACGACGCGCUCGCAGCCGCCAUCAAGUGGCUUCUUCUGCACCCACAGGCGACUAUCGACCAGUACGACGAUGUCCGCGUCCAGCUGGAGGCCGUGAGCCGCCGCGUGCUGGCGCGGGCCGCCGAGCCUUCGUGGAUGCUGCCCGAGUAG